GAUCUUCUUGAAUUACGAUUCAACCUAAUUUCCCUCUCUUUCGAUUUCGUCGACCUUCGAUUUGGAAGAAUGUCUUCUGAUCAUAUAUCAGAAGGUGGAGCUUCGAAGACGAAGCAUAAGUGGAGCGCAAGCGGAAACCAGAGCCAGAACCGAUCCAGGCCAAUGGUGGUUGAUAGACAAGAACGUUCGGCUCCUCUCGUGUCUCCGUCGAACUCGUUUGCGUCGGAGGACGGCCAUCAAAUGUUGAGGAUAAGCCUGAGCUCGAUUUCGAAGCUUGAGGUAAGGAGCUUGAAGCGGAAACUAAUGUCUGAGUUAGAUGAGGUUAGGAGCUUGAUCAAGCGGUUCGACCCCGAAGGUAACAUCGGUGGAAACUUCGGGUACAUGGCUAAAACCGGUGCCGUAGGGAGAAACAAGAAGCUGAAAACAGGUGGUAAUGGAGUGAAGAAGGGUGGGCUUGGAGCUGAUAAAGGUACGGUUCAGAUUUUCAAGAACUGCAACAAUUUGCUUACUAAAUUGAUGAAGCACAAGGAUGGAUGGGUAUUCAAUGUGCCAGUUGAUGCUAAGGGACUUGGCUUGCAUGAUUAUCACACUAUUGUUAAAGAACCUAUGGAUUUGGGCACAGUGAAGGCUAAGUUGAGUAAAAGUAUGUAUACUUCACCAUUGGAUUUCGCUGAAGAUGUGAGACUUACUUUUAACAAUGCCAUCUUGUAUAAUCCAAUUGGGCAUGAUGUGCAUCGUAUGGCCAAGCUUCUGUUGAGCAUGUUUGAAGAGAAGUGGGUUUCCAUUGAAGUGCAGUAUGAUAAUCUUCAUAGGAAGUUCAAACCAACUCGUGAUAUCGAGUUUUCUGUUCCUGCUUCAACAAUUGCGCCUAUUGUAGAGCCAUUACCAGCUCCUACACCUUCCCCAUCUCCUCCUCCUGCUCCUCCUCGGCCUCCAGUACUUGAAAAUAGGACUACUUUGGAGAGAGCAGAAUCCAUGAUAACACCAGUGGAACCUGAAACUGUCACUACUGCCCCCGAUAAGCCCGAAGAAGAAGAGGAAGCGCCUGAUAACAAUAGGGACCUGACGUUGGAUGAGAAACGGAGACUCAGUGAAGAGCUUCAGGACUUGCCUUAUGACAAACUAGAGACAGUUGUUCAGAUUAUCAAGAAGAGGAAUCCAGAGCUCUCUCAGCAAGAUGAUGAGAUCGAGCUGGAUAUUGACAGUGUCGACAUCGAAACGCUUUGGGAGCUUUAUAGAUUCGUGACUGGGUACAAAGAGAGCUUGGGCAAGAAAAAGGAGGAUCAGGGAUUUGGCUCAGAAAGAGAUGCUGAAUCUGCUCACAAUAUUAUCCAAGAACCAACCACUCUAGCAACUGGCACCGAAACAUCGAGAGUUACUGAAUCAGGAAAAGCAAUUCGCACGUCAUCUCCUGUUCGGCAAGAAAACAACGCAAGUGGAUCAAGUAGUUCUAACAGUUCUAGUAGUGACUCAGGAUCUUGCUCUACUGAUUCUAACAGUGACAGCUCCUCAGGACGUGGAUCAGAUACUGGUAAUUAGACCAACAAGUCAAAGAAGUUUUUAGCUGUAGUAAAGUCAGGGCCGUCAUGUUGUUAUCCACCUCUUUUAGUAGCGGAGUUACAAUUUUUCCCAAUCAGAUUGUUUUCUGUAGUAGAAUUCUUUUACUGUACAGGAAAUAUGGAACAACUAUCCAGAUGCUUUGAUAUAAUCAACACGCUUUUCU